AUGACCUGAGGCUAAGCAAACCGGUUUCAUACCUUGGCUGACACUCCCUCACCCUGCUUAGAAACAAACACUUCGAUAUCCAAUAUUCCCUCAGUCAAUACCGUCUAUUCUCCUGACUAGGCAUGGGUCGAACUACAGCCCCUGGGCCAAAUGAAAACCUCAAGAUACAACUGAACGGGAAUAACUUCAAACGCGCCAUUUGUAAGAAAAAUGGAUACCACAAUAAGCCACAGAACGGCAGUAAUGGCGCUGGUCCCCGCUCCAGUCGGCAGAGGUUUCAGAGACCAGAAUCCUUUGAGCAGGCUCCCAUGUACGUAGCCGUGAUGACAUACCUGGGGUUCGGCAUCGUCACACUAUUUGGGUAUUUCAGAGACUUCCUCAGAGCAGUGGGCCUGGAGAAAUGCCACAUCGCCAAGGAGAGAGAGGAGCAGAAGGAUUUUGUCCCCCUGUAUCAAGACUUUGAGAACUUCUAUACCCGUAACCUGUACAUGAGAGUAAGAGACAACUGGAACAGACCUAUCUGCAGUCUACCUGGGCCGGUGUUUGACGUGAUGGAGAGGGUGUCCCCAGACUACAACUGGACAUUCAGGUUAACAGGGAAGACCAUAGACAACGUGAUCAACAUGGGUUCCUAUAACUACCUGGGUUUCGCUGAGAACGACUCUGAUUUUAUUAAGACUGUGGCAGACAGAACCCAGGAAUAUGGCCUCGGGGUCUGCAGCACACGACAGGAAAUGGGAAACCUGGCUAUCCAUGGGGAGUUGGAGCAGCUUGUCGCCACCUUCCUGGGGGUGGAGUCCAGCAUGGCCAUGGGUAUGGGCUUCGCUACCAAUUCCAUGAACAUACCGGCACUGGUCGGCAAGGGCUGUCUGAUUCUGAGUGAUGAGCUGAACCACACCUCGCUGAUCUUGGGGGCCAGGUUGUCAGGGGCAACUAUCCGGGUGUUCAAGCACAACAACAUGCAGAGCCUGGAGCGUCUGUUGAGGGAGGCGGUGUGUAGUGGCCAGCCUCGGACCCACCGACCCUGGAGGAAGAUUCUGAUCAUGGUGGAGGGAAUCUACAGUAUGGAGGGGUCUGUGGUGCGUCUGCCAGACAUCGUAGCCCUGAAGAAGAAGUACAAGGCCUACCUGUAUCUGGACGAGGCUCACAGUAUCGGGGCGGUGGGGCCGACAGGUCGGGGUGUGACAGAACUGUUCGGGCUGGACCCCUCGGACAUCGACGUCAUGAUGGGAACGUUCACCAAGAGCUUCGGGGCUGCAGGAGGAUACAUCGCUGGGAAGAAGGAAUUGGUUGACUACCUGCGUAGCCACUCCCACUGUGCGGUCUACGCCUCUGCUUUGUCUCCUCCCAUCACAGAGCAGAUCCUCAGAGCCAUGAAAUGCAUCAUGGGACUGGAUGGAACCACCGUGGGUCAGGCCAGGGUGCACCAGCUAGCAGAGAACACACGCUACUUCAGGUCUCAUCUUCAAGAGAUGGGCUUCAUCAUCUACGGUAACGAUGAUUCUCCUGUGGUCCCAAUUCUGCUCUACAUGCCAGGAAAAGUUGUGGCUUUCUCUCGCGCCAUGCUGAAGAGGAAGAUAGGAGUGGUGGUGGUGGGGUUUCCUGCUACGCCCAUCACAGAGGCACGGGCACGCUUCUGUCUGUCUGCUACACACACCAAGGCCAUGCUCGACCAGGUGUUGUUUGAUCUGAACGAGUUAGGAGAUGAUUUGUGUCUGAAGUUCUCCCGGAGGAAAUAUUCUCCUCGUCCACAACGACACAACAACGACAACACAGACUUUGAGCAGGACAGUCCGCUAAUAGACUGAUAGGAUGACCCCUGACCUCUGCACUGAAAGAAUGUUAUGGUGGUUCCAUGGAAACAGCCAUACGUCCCAAUAAUGUGUCCUCCUCCCCACUAAUUUAAAAAAGCAUUGGAUUGGUGUAAGCAUGGGUUAGACAGUAUCCACCAUUUUGUCUUGUACCAGUCCAUAAUGGAAAGUGAACAAGUCGCACAAGGACAGAUUGUUGGGACACUGGGUUGGCCUCUGUCUUUCCUGCGAGUCCAAUACACAGAGAGAGUGGGGUCUCAUCUCUACCAGUCUAAUACACUGAGAGAGUGGGGUCUCAUCUCUACCAGUCUAAUACACUGAGAGAGUGGGGUAUCAUCUCUACCAGUCUAAUACACAGAGAGAGUGGGGUCUCAUCUCUACCAGUCUAAUAGACAGAGAGCGUGGGGUCUCAUCUCUACCAGUCUAAUACACUGAGAGAGUGGGGUAUCAUCUCUACCAGUCUAAUACACUGAGAGAGUGGGGUAUCAUCUCUACCAGUCUAAUACACUGAGAGAGUGGGGUCUCAUCUCUACCAGUCUAAUACACUGAGAGAGUGGGGUAUCAUCUCUACCAGUCUAAUACACUGAGAGAGUGGGGUCUCAUCUCUACCAGUCUAAUACACUGAGAGAGUGGGGUCUGAUCUCUACCAGUCUAAUACACUGAGAGAGUGGGGUCUCAUCUCUACCGGUCUAAUACACUGAGAGAGUGGGGUCUCAUCUCUACCAGUCUAAUACACUGAGAGAGUGGGGUCUCAUCUCUACCAGUCUAAUACACCGAGAGAGUGGGGUCUCAUCUCUACCAGUCUAAUACACUGAGAGAGUGGGGUCUCAUCUCUACCAGUCUAAUACACAGAGAGAGUGGGGUCUGAUCUCUACCAGUCUAAUACACUGAGAGAGUGGGGUCUCAUCUCUACCAGUCUAAUACACAGAGAGAGUGGGGUCUCAUCUCUACCAGUCUAAUAGACAGAGAGCGUGGGGUCUCAUCUCUACCAGUCUAAUACACUGAGAGAGUGGGGUCUCAUCUCUACCAGUCUAAUACACUGAGAGAGUGGGGUAUCAUCUCUACCAGUCUAAUACACUGAGAGAGUGGGGUCUCAUCUCUACCAGUCUAAUACACUGAGAGAGUGGGGUCUGAUCUCUACCAGUCUAAUACACUGAGAGAGUGGGGUCUCAUCUCUACCGGUCUAAUACACUGAGAGAGUGGGGUCUCAUCUCUACCAGUCUAAUACACUGAGAGAGUGGGGUCUCAUCUCUACCAGUCUAAUACACCGAGAGAGUGGGGUCUCAUCUCUACCAGUCUAAUACACAGAGAGAGUGGGGUCUCAUCUCUACCAGUCUAAUACACAGAGAGAGUGGGGUCUGAUCUCUACCAGUCUAAUACACUGAGAGAGUGGGGUAUCAUCUCUACCAGUCUAAUACACCGAGAGAGUGGGGUCUCAUCUCUACCAGUCUAAUACACUGAGAGAGUGGGGUCUCAUCUCUACCAGUCUAAUACACAGAGAGAGUGGGGUCUCAUCUCUACCAGUCUAAUACACUGAGAGAGUGGGGUCUCAUCUCUACCAGUCUAAUACACUGAGAGAGUGGGGUAUCAUCUCUACCAGUCUAAUACACCGAGAGAGUGGGGUCUCAUCUCUACCAGUCUAAUACACUGAGAGAGUGGGGUCUCAUCUCUACCAGUCUAAUACACCGAGAGAGUGGGGUCUCAUCUCUACCAGUCUAAUACACUGAGAGAGUGGGGUCUGAUCUCUACCAGUCUAAUACACUGAGAGAGUGGGGUAUCAUCUCUACCAGUCUAAUACACUGAGAGAGUGGGGUCUCAUCUCUACCAGUCUAAUAGACAGAGAGCGUGGGGUCUCAUCUCUACCAGUCUAAUACACUGAGAGAGUGGGGUAUCAUCUCUACCAGUCUAAUACACUGAGAGAGUGGGGUCUCAUCUCUACCAGUCUAAUACACAGAGAGAGUGGGGUAUCAUCUCUACCAGUCUAAUACACAGAG